CUGAACGCUACGGUUCGCUUUCUCGCGCAAAGAAACGUCAAGUGCAAAAAGUAAAAGAUUUUUUGAAAUAAAAAAAAGCUAAGAAACCUGCAUAAAUCAAAAGUGCUAAGAUAACUUUGCAGAUAAGCACCAGAGUAAAUAAUAAUCUAAUUAAAGAGAGACAGUUUAUAGACUACUCGGACAACAAGUGCAAAGUGCAUAAACAAUUUAUUAAAUAUUAAACAAAUUGCAACAAAAUGGAAGUGGAUACAUUGUUGUUACCAUCGCCGCCAGCAACGCCACCGCUGCGUGAAAACAAACUGGAAAAUGCAGCCAAGGACGAGCAGCUGGUCAAUGAGAAUCUGCUGAAGGCCAAACUAAAGUUGGUGGCGCAAAAGAAUCAAAAGAAUGGCGGCAUUAUUACACCCAAUCCCUCGGACACAGAGGACGAAGCGGCGGAUGCAGUGCCGGCCAAGAAGCCGCGUCUGGAGCAGCCAGCGGUGAGCAUGACGCCGCCGCCGGAGCUCAAACAAGAACUGGAGCAGGAUCAGGCACAGCGUGUCAGCGUCAUUAUGCGCGUCAAUAGUUUGGGCAAUGUGCUGUCCAGUGAACAACAGUCGACUGCUAGCAGCUGUGACUUCUCCACGCCCAUAACCGAUGACUAUCCGGAGGAGAAUGUCUGGCGUAAUCUCAAAUACAAAAUGAAUCGCAAGCGUGCAGCGGAAGUGGCGCAACCCAAGCCAGAGCCAGAGACAGAGACAACAAUGCCAAGUGAAACGCCCACAACAACAACAGCAGCCAGCACCACGCCUACAAACUGCCUGUUGCUGCUCAGCACUGUGGCAGCCCAAGCGCAACCCUCAGCCUGCCCAGCACCCACAACAUCCCCAGCAGCUGUAUCCAGCUUAAUGGCCAGCAAACGCAUUACCGCCGCCCAGGCCGCCGCCACACGCAGUCGCAUCUACGAGUGCACCUUUCCGGAUUGCGGCAAGAACUAUUUCAAGAGCAGCCAUCUCAAAGCCCAUCAGCGUGUGCACACCGGCGAGCGUCCGUUUAUCUGCAAGUGGGACAACUGCGACAAGCGCUUCAGCCGCUCCGACGAGCUCUCGCGGCACAAGCGCACCCACACCGGCGAAAAGAAAUUCCAAUGCGGUGUCUGUCAAAAGAAAUUCAUGCGCAGCGAUCAUCUGUCCAAGCAUGUCAAGCGUCACAACAAGGAUAAGGCCAAUGGUGUGAAUCGCAAUGUGGCAGUUGUCGCUGCUGCGGCUGCAACACUCUGCGAAUCCAGCGCCUUGCAACUGCGCGCCAUAGCGCCCACGCCCAAGCCAGUCACGCCCACAUUGCAGCUGUAUAGCGCGCAGGAUUUGCUGCUGCUCCAACAACAACAACAUCAGCAACACAGUUUUGUCAGCUUGUGCAACAGCCGCAGCCACUUGGAGGCGCAACGUUAAAACACGCCCACAACCACAACCCACGCCCAUCUCAAUUCAGUAUCAGUACAGCGCGCUGCUCCUAGCUCCUAAGUUCUCUCUUGUCAUUUGAGCAUAUAUCAAUCUUAUAUUCAAUAAUCAUUUAUAGCAACGCUCUGGGCGCUUCGCUUCUCUGUUAUCCUUAGCGCCCAAGGACGACACUUUUGUUUUAGUUAUCUUUCUGUACAUACAAAUACUAUUAUAUAACUAGCCUGUAUAUAGCUUAAACAUACAAAAAUCUGUGAUAUUUAAGUUUUUUUCUUAACUAUUUUUCUAUUGUAUAAUUAACGCUAACGGUAAUUUCCUAAACAAACUACAGUCAUAAGUGUACAAUUGUAUUUAUUGAAAGACCCGCAAAGCAUCUAAGAAAAAACAAGCAGAAAAACAAAUCUCAAAAGUCAA